CCUAGGCAGAUAUUCUCAUUCUAGGUUAAAGCAGAAACAACAGGAAUUUGAUCAGGAUUCAAGUCAUUCAAUCAUUAAAACCUCAAUCGAAUAUAAUCAAUCAUAGAAUCAGUACUUGGGUUCAUACAAUCAAAGCCUAACACACAAAUCUAGGGUUCUCCAUACCCAGAUGAAUGGGAGAACUACUCCAUAGAGAAGAAAGCAAAAGCAGAAUCAGACACGGAAUUCAUACUGCGAAGGAUGGAUUCCUGCUUCUGGACGUUGAUCGGCACUUCUCCAAGCUCAAGCUGGCCUCCAAUGGUGUUGAAGAUCAAUCUAGGGCACUUGGGAACUCUUGCUCGUCACUUUCUCUCUCUAGGAAUCGCUCUCUUUCUCAAAAACCCGAAUCCUCCCGAAUUGUGGCUGAAAAUCUGCUUAAAAGGAGAAAACCCCGACUCACACGGCCAGGGUGGCACGGCCGUGCAGCUCACCUAGUUGCCCGUGUGAGUCAAAACGCAGCGUAUCACUUAGUUGAAUUCCAGGCUCUUUGCACGGCCAGAAUGGCACGGCCGUGUGAACUCUCCUUCCUGCCCGUGUUUGCUCUCGCAAAAUGUGGCACGGCCAACCCGGCCACUUGCACGGCCGUGUGGAUUGUCUGCUCUGCCCGUGUGUGCUCUCGGCAAAACUCGCACGGCCAGGCCAUUCCUUCACACGGCCGUGUGAACAUCAGGGCAGCCCGUGUGACCUCCUUUGUGACUUGCCUCGCGCCCGAUCUUCGCCCAAUCGACCCCGAACUCGCUCCUAAACCUUCAUUCACUUGCCAGGACCUGAAAUAUCACAAACAAGCACAACCUAGUGUGAAAUCGGUCUAAAACACGAGAAACCACAUCUCCAACGGUGUAAGAACAGGGGUGAAAACAUGUGUAACUAACGGUCUAUCAGGAGGCUAUGACUUUGGCAGAAUUCGUUCUAAAUGGUGAGUGAAUACAGGCUUUUUUAUGUGCUUACUUACUAGAGGAAUUUGUUUCGCAGGUAUGGCUACACCCGGUGCCCACGAAAAUCGCGUCUGAUGUUUGAGUGUGGCGACUCUCACCAAAUGGAGCUUUUUCUCUCCGAACAGCGUACGAGCUCAUAGAUACGGUGGACGGCCCGAUCCUAAACCAACCGAUUUGGAGAUCCAUUUAGAAGACUUCGACAAUGCAACGGGUGCGCACAUUUCGUUGGCUUCUCAACCAUGAUCGUCUGCUAACAAACGCAGAAAGAGGAUGAAAACACCUUACAACUGAUACGAGUUGCAAGAUAUGCGGUGGGGGCCCUGAGACUACUAUUCAUGUUGUUCGGGACUGUCCAUUUGUGAGAGCUACUUGGGGGGCCUCCUUGAAGACGUACCAAACACCACGUUCUUCGAACUUGACAUUCACCGGUGGUCUCUGCACUACUAAUCAGGGCGUAGUAAUAUCAUUGAUAUCACUUUUUUUUGCAGACAAUUGCUCGCUUAUGUGGAAAACCUGGAGCGAGCUGAAAACCCAUGAGCAAAUCCAGCUCAUCACCAAACAGCUAAGGCAACAGAUCAACAUAGUCUUUGAACAGGAGAAUACCAUCUUUGGAGUUGGGGGACUCCAAGAGUGACUGGACAUUAACUGGCAUCCACCGCCAAGUGGUUGGGCCUGUAUUAACAUAGAUGGCUCAGUCGCUCAUUCUCGUGUGAGCACGACCUAUGGCGGCAUCGUGAGGGGAGACGAUGGGCGCUAUAUCCGAGCUUUCACAACGAACUUGGGAGGGGCUCAAUUACUCGUGCGGAGCUGACUGGGAUUGGAUAUGGGUUGAGGCUGGCUUGGGAGGAGGGGGUCGAGAAGGUUAUUCUACAGACAGACUCCUGCACUGCGAAGACCCUGAUCGAGAAUGCUACACCACAGCAUCCACAUUACACCUAUGUAGCAGAGAUCCGCUAUUGGCUAGCUCGGCCAUGGCUUGUCAGAAUAGAGCAUGUUUACAGGGAAGCAAACUUUGUGGCUGAUCACCUCGCUUCCAUUUGUCACUCUUUACCUAUCGGGGUUCACGGGAUUCAUGACCCGAGUAGUACUUUACGCUAUUGGUUGUAUUUUGACAUUGUGGGGAUUCAAACACCCCGUCCUAUUGGUUUACAAUAAAGGUUAGGACGCCGU